CGGUCCUACUUCUUCCCACACCCGUAAUUAGCCGCCCUUUACAACCAAACUCAUAAAAGCUGCUGUAAGUAGCCUGCUUUGACUUCAUUCAUUGCCGUACUCUGCCUUCCGGCAUCCACCCAAGCACCCAUCCAACAAUCACAGCUGGUUCCGCCUCUUCUUUCGUUUUUAUUACGUAUACGCCCCGCUGCUCGAUGUGGCACAGCUCUCGAGGCGAGACAACUCGAAUGAGUGGAAAACAAACGAUUCACACACAGUCUCUCGAUCCACCAGCCAGUCAGAUAGCCAUCUGUUUCGAUAUUUAGGCAGGGCAAAUAUGAAGUACAAAAUUCAGUUUAAAGAAUUCUGAAUACCGAGCACUUAUUGAUUGCGUUUGACAGACUCAGACUCUCAGACGUGGGACAGAAAGGGCUGACCGGAAUAUGCCACGCGAAAUGGAACUAAUGGCGACCAUUUGAAUCGAAUGGAUUCGUUAGGCUGCGCUUUAACGACAGAUCGUAUCAGAUUGCAUCAGAUCGUAUCAGACUAAACGGCUCGAACUAUCAAAUAAAUCCACAUCCCCUGGAGAAUUGUGUCCGCAUACGAGUAUCACAAUAUAAUUGCACAGGCCAGUUUAUGGACGCCGAAAUGACAAAGGUAGCUGAAGGUGGAAGACGCAACUGACGUCGGUUCAUCGGCCUCCAACCUGCGGUCCGAGCCCAUUCCAAGGAGAAGUAGAAGUGUACAUAAUUCACCAUGCGACGACCAAAAAUAUCACUGAAAAAGUAUUUUUAUUUCACACUGAUCUGCGCUCUCCUGCUCAUAUUUGGUUUCAAUCUCAAGGAAAACGAGAUAUGGAAGACCCGCAAUCCCCGAACAGCCCCGCUGACCACUCAGCAACACCAGCAGAAGGUGCAACAAUUCCCCUCACCGGACGCGGACCUCGCCGGAUCCGAGGAGCUCAGCAAACGGCCUGAGACAUCUAGCUCCACUCCAGCCGAUAGGCCUAUAGUCGCCACUUCGCCCUCGAAAGCAGCAGGAGCAGAGGCUUUAGCGUUGGAGGGUCAGCAGACGGAGGAUAUAGAGGAGGAGGAUAUAGACGCCGACCAACAUCUGGAGCCGGAGCUGGAGCCGGAGCCGGAGCCGACCACAGCCAAGCUCUGGUUCUUCCGCAAUGGUGAAUACCAUCCACGCCCGGCCAAGACCUACAGCAAUCGGCGGGCACGCAAGCGGUACGCACCCAAGCUGCUGCCGCAUCAGGAUUCGCACAGCGACCGCAUUGUCAACCAGCUGAUGUACGUGCCGCACAACUACGAGCAAAUCAAGGCCAGUGGCAAGCUGAAAACCAUCCUCCUCUACAACGGCCUGGGUCCGUGGAAUGUGAAGAAGGGGCGCGAUGUCUUCCUGAGAGCCAAGUGUCCGGUGGAUACAUGCGAGCUGACUGCCAAUCGGGAGUUUGCCAGUACGGCCGACAUGAUCCUAUACAAAGACCACUACAUUCCCACGGCAAUACGCCGUCCCAGCAAUGCCAAGCAGGUCAGCAUGCUCUACUAUCUGGAGUGCCCCUAUCACACGCAGAAUGUCAAGGCACCCGAUGCCAUCAACUGGACGGCCACCUACAGACGUGACAGCACCAUCGUGGCGCCCUAUGAGAAGUGGCAGUACUACGACACCAAAGUCCAGCAGCAGGAGCAGGAUCACAACUACGCCGUCAACAAAACGAAGAAAGUGGCCUGGUUCGUUUCCAAUUGUGGCGCCAGGAAUGGGCGACUCCAGUAUGCCCACGAGCUGCAAAAACACAUCGAGGUUGACAUAUAUGGAGCCUGCGGCAACUUCAAGUGCUCGCGUAGCACGGCAGACAAAUGCUUCGAGAUACUCGACAACGAUUACAAGUUCUACCUGGCAUUCGAAAACUCCAACUGCAAGGACUACAUCACGGAGAAAUUCUUUGUGAAUGCCCUCAACCGGCGGGUGCUGCCAAUCGUGAUGGGUGCCCGCCCGGAGGAUUACGAGGUGAGUGCCCCGCGUCGCUCAUACAUACACGUGGAUGAGUUUGCCUCGCCCAAGGAGUUGGCCGAAUACCUGCGUAUUCUCGACGGGGACGACGAACUCUACAACUCGUACUUCAAGUGGAAGGGCACGGGUGAGUUUAUCAACACGUACUACUGGUGCCGGGUCUGCGCCACGCUCCACAACGAGGAGCAGCUGCGCAGGCCGCGCUGGUACGGCGACCUCAACGACUGGUGGCGUGGCGCGGGCGUUUGCACCAACGGCUCAUGGAGGAACUUCAAGGCGCGCAAGGACGUGAUCAGCGACGAUUGAGUGCUUGAGUCGGUCCAGAUAGUGGGCCUUGGCAUUGCGUAGAUCCAACUUCUAUUUUAAUAUCAGUGUGUAGCUUUGAUUUGUUGUUGUUUUGUAGUUAUCACUACCCACUAUCACUAUAACUAUCACUAUCCACUAAAGAAUGUGUAAAGAAUUGCUUCCUUUUUGUCGGCGUUUUAGGUGAAUGUUUUUUUGUAGCUAGCCGUAAGUGAACGAGACCUCGAAACUAGCACUAGCGUUGCAUGAGGAAAUCAAAAAGCGUAGCAGCGGAGCAGCAGAGCAGCAGAGCAGAGUAUUCAAACUAGCCCAUAGACUAAAAGAUCCCCCGGCAGAUCGGUGUAACAUAUACAAUACAACAAACAACAAAAACAAAAAAAA